CUUUCUCUCUUUCACCCAAAAAGUCAGCGCCAUCCUUUGUGUCUAUUUUCUCCCUCUGAUCUGAAACUUUGUUCUCUACCCAGUUGCUUCAUUUGGGAAAAAAAAGACUUUGAUUUUUAUUUUUAUUUUUUUUGUCAAAUUUCUAACCAUACCCUGAAGUUUGUACCUCCUGCGGAUAUUCUCUCUCUCGUGCAUGGCUGAGGAGGACUGGGAUCUCUUCGCCAUCGUGCGAAGCUGCCAAUCAGCAACCACAGAAAAUCCACCUACGGCUACCACCACCUCUUCCUUUGCCACUUCUAGUACUGUCAAGGACGAACAUGACGCAUUUUCUUUUCCCAACAUGGUGCAACAACCUGUAACCAAUGAGUUCCAAGAACUAAACCAAUUGCUCACACCCUUUAAUACCACUACCACAAGUGGUCAUGGUAUCAAUCCCAAUUCGCAUGAUUUUGCACCAUGCAUUACACAACAAGAAACGAUCCAAGCAGCCCACCAUCCUCCUCUGCAUUUUAUGCCAGAACCCUCCACUUCUAGUUUCAACAGAUUCCACGACCAACAACAAGUACUUCAGAAACAAGAAAAUUUAGUACCCGAAACCAGUUCUGCUAUAGCUUUACCAAACACGCAAUCUCAAACACCCAGAUCAAGAAGAAGAAAAAGCCAACACAAGAAAAUGGUGUGCCAAGUAACAGCAGAUAACCUUUCAGCUGAUUUGUGGGCAUGGCGUAAAUAUGGACAAAAACCCAUUAAGGGUUCUCCAUAUCCAAGGAACUAUUACAAGUGCAGCAGCUCCAAAGGUUGUGCAGCACGAAAGCAAGUUGAACGAAGCAACACUGAAGCCAACAUGUUCAUCGUCACCUACACCGGAGACCACACGCAUCCCAUACCCACCCACCGGAACUCGCUCGCUGGAAGUACCCGGAGCAAGUCUCCCACGAUGCAUCCACCGCCAACGCCACCAGAACAAGGAUCAUCCAAUUCAAUCUCCUUCCAGGCCAACACUACAGCUUCGUCUUCCUCAUCAGCACACUCUCCGGCGACGCCAUCGGUAGACCCGCAGGGAAACGACCCGACUGGAGAGGAAGUAGAACCGGACCCGGAAAUGGAAACUGAUGACGAGGACGUCGAAGAUAAAGUUUACAUUUGGUAACCCUUCCCGGAAGCCUAGUACAGUAACAUCUUGCUGGGCUUGGGUCAUUUUGACGACGGCGACGGCGGUUUAGCUGGUGCGUCGUCAUCGGAGAACUGACCCGAUUGAAUACUGGUUCGUUUGACCCGUAUGCAAAACAUAUGCAGUUAAAUUCCGGUUUAGCUCGCCCGGACCGGUCCCCAAUUGACAUCCAAUCAUAUCGCCGGAAAACCCCUCUGGCGUUUUAACC